CGCGAGUUUCGGCCAAUCACGUCGUGACGCUAGAAAGGUGACGUGUCGGUAUUUUUGAAAUCGGCCAGCGCCGCACAAGACAGACAACAAACGAUGUCAGACGUGGUCACGGAGUUCAAGGUCGGCAUGACCUGCGGCGGCUGCUCGUCGGCCUGCGAACGCAUCCUCGUGAAGAUCCCCGGCGUCAAGUCGGUGGCGUGCGACAUCGAGGCCCAGCAAGUGCUUGUGACGGGCUCGGCGGACGCGCAGACGAUGCUCGCCGCACUCCUCAAGUGGUCCGCGGCCAGCGGCAAGAGUGUCGAGCUUGUCCAAUAAUAGAGCGAGUGCCUUUGAAUCACGAAUUCUUCUCAUAUUACGGACUUUACAUGUCGGGCGGGAUCGUCCAUUGCGAGACGCCCGUCUCCUUGUUGUAGUAAAAGGGCUUGUUUUGCGCGUCGUCCCA